AUGGACGGCUCCCCCAGCCUCCCCCUCCCGCUCCCGCGCCCGCGCCCCGCCCACCGGCCCCCGCUCCCGCCGCAGGUCUUCCUCCGAUGCCCCGCGCCGCCGCGGGGCGCCGUCCCCGCCGCGCCGCCGCACGUGCACUACUUCCGCGCCCCGUCGCCCAUCCCAGUGUACUCCCCGCGGCUCCCCGGUCCCCGCUACAUCGCCGCUCGCCCCCCGACGCCGCCCCCUCCCGCGCCCGCUGCCGCCGCCGCGGCGCCCCCGCGGCCGCCCCAGGCCUCCCCCGCGCAGCUGCUGCCGCCUCCUAGGCCGCCGCAGCCGGUGUACGAGAACGUCGUGCCGCCGGCCAGGAGGAGAGGGAGACCCAAGUCCAAGGCGCCGGAAAAUGAGCAGAAAAUUGAAAUAGAAAAUGCCCAGUCUGAAGUUGGGAAGGGAGAGAUUAGUCAAGGGCAUCAUAAGGAGAGUACCACUGGACCAACAAAAGGUAUCAAGCGAGCAAGAAAACCACAUGCAUCAAUUGAAGGAGAUGCAGCAAACAACUGCCGCUAUGACAGUUCACUAGGUCUGCUGACAAAGAAAUUCAUCAACCUGCUUAAAGGAGCAGAAGAUGGAACCCUUGAUUUAAAUAAAGCAGUUGAGAUACUGGAGGUGCAAAAGCGGAGGAUAUAUGAUAUAACAAAUGUCCUGGAAGGUGUAGAUUUAAUUGAAAAGGGCCUGAAGAAUAUGAUUCGUUGGAAGGGAUUUGACAUGUUACUGCCCAAGGAGAUGGAGCUCCAAACUUCUGCACUGAAGGAGGAACUGGACUCAUCACAUGAUGAAGAAUGCAGGUUGGAUGAGGAAAUACGAGAAGCACAAGAGAAACUGCUGGCGCUCAAACUAAAUAAGGACAAAAAAAAGUGGUUGUAUCUUUCCAAGGAAGAUAUUUGUAAGAUUCCUCACUUACAGGGAUCCACUCUUAUUGCAAUAAAUGCUCCUCACGGAACCUGUGUUGAGGCUCCAGAUCCUAAUGCGGAUAUGGACAUCUGCAAGGACCUGGAAUCUCAAGAAAAGCAUUACCAGCUUCUCUUGAGAAGUUCAAUGGGUCCCAUUGAUUGCUUUUUGAUAAGUGACCAUCAGGGGGUAUCCGACCCAGAGCAGGUGGCGCAAGACAAUUUGGGUCAUGCAUCCACAGCUGGAGGUUCAGAUGCUCCAAGGCCGGUGGAUGAUCAUCCAAGUCAAGCUCCCGAAAAGGGAGAGGGCGACACUGUCGGCAAGCAUACAUCGGAACCAUCCAGUACACAUGAACCGAUGUCUGGCAUUCUGAAAAUCUUACUGCCAGAUACUGAUGUUGAUGCUGAUUACUGGCUCGCAUCUGACAUUGACGCUACCAUGACUGAAACAUGGGCCACUUAG